UCAAUCAAAUUUGUAACGACCACGCCUCGGGUGUACUCGAACACGUAUAAAAGUAGAGAUACAGCAAACUACUUUUCGUCGGAAAAUAGACUCUUACCCUCUCUAAAUAAGAAAGCGCUAAAGCUGUGCCUAAGGAGUUUAAGAGACUUGUGUGGAUAACCGAAAUGCAAAAUAUCAAUCAAAUCAUUUAUGUAGUUAACAGUUUGUUAACAUUACACUUUGCUUGUGCAACAUCACCUACAAUAUAUACUUUUGGGAAGAGCUGUUCCUUACACCCACAGCAAAUCAAUGAGGACUCUUCGUUUUAUGUGACAUACUACGAUAUCGAUGGAAGCAGUGAUAUUUGGUGUUCACACAUAGCUUUCAGUGGUCAUGGCACAAAUUCUAGGGACAAAUACCAGAUCUGCACAACUCCCAAAACAUAUUUUGAUCCAUCUUGCAGAAUGAUAUUAACACUCCGAAAUAGUUUAAACGGCACUGCGUUGAGGACCUAUACUUGUCAUGAGACUUUGAUGUCAAAAUUCUGUGCAAAACAAGGAGACGACCUCUAUAUUGUUGUGCAAUUCUUUUCUGCCAGCAAAUCGAAAAGGGAAUUCCUUUUUUAUGUGGAUGCUACAAAGACGUAUAAUCACGUGGAUAUGGUAGCUGGAAUUACUUGUGGAGUGGCCGGAAGUUGUAUUGUGAUAUUUAUUGCUGUUUUCCUGUUGUGGGGAAAGAAAAAACAAUCCAGUCCAUUCUUGAGACAUCAAUUUGUUUCAUUUUCCUGUGGACAAACACACGUGAGUGAAGAUAGUAAUCAAUCAUCGGUAACUUUGGAAGAUACAAACAAACAGACAGAUAGUCGGCGGUCUGAUUCCAGUCAGCUCUCAUCCGAAAACUUCGUUUCUUCAUCUCCAUGUUCGGUGAUAAAUGACAUGUUCCAGAGUGUCCCAAUAACGUCAUGGGAGAACCGUGUUACAUCCAACCUAGGAGCCCCUCCCCCGUAUGAGGCGAGUGCAGAUGCAUCAUUGAACCCUCCAGACUAUUCUUCACUGUACAUGUGAAAACAGAAAUGUGAGAUGGCUAAUCGAUGUUGUCUUUGCUGUGCCUCUCUAACUAAAAUAUCAUUGCCAACAUUGCCAUACCCCAAAAA